CUCCAUGUAUGUAGUUGUGGCGCAUAACAAAUCUAUUUCUGAAGGCUAAAAGUUGGUGUGAAGUGAAAGUGUAUGAAUUGAGAUGUUGCUUGAAGUGUUUUAUUCGAAAUCUGGUCGUGGCUCACAAGUACGAGGCAAAGUUCUGUGUGAAGUAUGUAAAAAGAAAUGCUCUGGAAAUGCACUUAGAGUCCAGGAUAGAUAUUUCCAUUUAGAUUGUUUCAAAUGUGCAGAAUGUUCUGCAUCUUUAGCUCAGGGUGGUUUCUUUGUGAAUGCUGGCCUUUAUUAUUGUUCCAAGGAUUACCAGAAACUUUUCGGUACAAGAUGUGCUGAAUGUGGGGAUUAUGUAGAAGGGGAAGUAGUCACAGCACUAGGAAACACAUAUCACCAAAAGUGCUUUGUAUGUGCCAGUUGUAGGCAGCCUUUUCCAUCAGGAGAAAAAGUAACCUACACUGGAAAAGAUGUUCUCUGUACCAAAUGUAUUCAAAUUCCUAUAGUGUCUUCAGAAUCGCCAGUUCAAGAAGAAUCUCAAGUGCAAAAUGGACCUGUUCGUAAAAUUUGUGCUGGAUGUAAAGAAGAAUUAAAAGAGGGUCAAGCUCUCAUAGCUUUAGAAAAGGAAUGGCAUAUCUGGUGCUUUAAAUGCAGUGCUUGUGAUGCGGUGCUUCAUGGGGAGUAUAUGGAUAAAGAGGGUGUUCCUUAUUGUGAAAAAGAUUAUCAGAAGCAAUUUGGUGUCAAGUGCAAUCACUGUGAGCGUUACAUUAUAGGAAAAGUAUUAAGAGCUGGAGACAAUCAUCAUUUUCAUCCUACCUGUGCCCGGUGCUCUAAAUGUGGUGAUCCAUUUGGUGAUGGUGAAGAGAUGUAUUUGCAAGGUGGUGCUAUAUGGCAUCCUAGAUGUGGGCCUUCUCCUGAUGGUAAAAUGGAUGAUGAUUAUUUAGAUGAUCAUAAAGCAAAUGGUAUAAUCGAUGGCCAUUACCCGCCCUAUUCCCCUAGUCUUUCGAGUUCUCGUUCCACCAGCCCAUAUAGCUCGCUCACUAGACAGUAUGGCAGAACAAGUCCUGGAAUGUUCCUCGAUAAGGAUCCUCUCAUAACUGAUCUCAGCCGUGUUUACACACAUAGUUAUUUGACAGCUGAACCUACUCAGGGAUAUCUACGACGUCCUAUUCACCCCCAUCCUCCCAAAUCUCCCCAGUUUCAUCGGCCACCAGGUGCUUUUUUAAAUGGGGGUAGUGGAAGGAGGAGAACUCCCAUAUCUAGACCAGCAUCUAAACAAGGAAUGCAAGCUUUAGUUGAUACAAUUCAAUCUUCAACUCCUCGUCCCCGCUCUCCUCACAUGAACAAUGAAGAGCCCAUUGAAUUGGCUCAUUAUCCAGAUGCUACAAAACCUCCUCCUGACUCAGUGCCUCCGAUUGAAAGAGAUGACUUCCCUGCUCCUCCUUUCCCAUAUACAGAUCCUGAACGAAGGCGUCGCUGGAGUGGUAGUUCCAGAGACUUUGAAGAUGAGGAGGAGGAAAAACAGGAAGAUCCACGUUUGAAAAAAGAGGAAGAGGAAUUGUCCAAGAUUGCCACUGGCAUUGGAAAGGUAUUUUUGAAAAAUGUGCAGGAAAGGGAAAAGCUGAAGGCUUGGAAGCGAGCAAAUUUGGAUCCUAGAAAUGCUUCUCGUUGUCCAUCUGCGAACAAAGAAGUUCCCACUCGCUUGCGUUACUACAGCUCAAUUCAUGCUUCCCCUUCUAGGGAUAUUGAUAGGCCUAGACCUUGGGAAGAUGAUGAAUUUGAUCGUAGUUCCGGAUAUCGCUCCUCGCUUCGUUCUUCAGGGAAUACUCCUUGCUACAAUGUUGUGUCUUCACUUCGGCCCAUUCCCAAACCUGGCUAUGGCUUUUCCACAAAAUCGGCAACACUUCCAGCUGCUGGCAGAGAAGGAGGCAUGGGCUUUAUGACAAGUGAUUUAGCUUUUGUGAAAAUUAAUCCUACGCAGAGCUCUGAAUUUGGUAGUGGAAAAUCGGAUUUGUCUCCCACUCCUGAACAAGGAAAAAUAGCUGUGAAUAAUAGUGCAAGUACUACUUUCCGAUCAACUCCUUAUUCUGAAGGGUUCACCUUCCGCCAUGCCUCCUACAGUCCUCACUUGAGACGCUCUAUGCCAAAUGUCAAUCUUCACAUGUCUACGGAGCCUCCUAAGCUUUAUCCUUAUCAUUUGCUAGUAACUGGUAAUUAUCGCUUACCACCAGACAUAGAUCGAUGUCAUUUAGAACGCCAUCUAUCCAAUGAAGAAUUUCAAGCAAUUUUUCACGUGUCUCGCCUAGAAUUCUAUCGCUUACCAGAAUGGAGACGGAAUGACCUUAAGAAAAGAGCUAAGCUAUUUUAGGGCAACUUUUUUUUUAAAUUUAGGAAUUCUGGGAAGAAAACAAAAUGAAGUUGUACAUUUAGGAUUUCAAAUGGAGGUUGUCCUCUGCUUUAACAUAUUAUACUUAUCUAAUUUUUUCAUCGCAGAACUUUUACUAUCCUAUAUGAAAAGAAAUGGCUAUAUAUAUUUUUAAAAAAUUCAUCUUUAGUAUAUGUUUGCUUUGUUAGUGUUCCAAUAGCAGUAUAGGUGAAAUUGUGACCAAAUGAGGAAGUGAAGGCAGGGAGGGUUCUUUACGUGAUCACCAGUUGUUCCUCACAACAGGACUUAAAUUGUAUGCAUGCUUUGUGAGAUCGUCAGGUUUUAGAAAAGCUGAUUUAGUUGUAUUGUAAUUUUAUUGUAUAUACAUAGAGCGUGUUGUGCUUUUCUGUGCUGUGCAUUAUAAAGUUUAUCUCAUGAUAGUUUAUAGCUAUUUCAUAUUAAAUUCCCAUUUUGUUCAUUGCAUUUGCUACCAGAAGUUUUGUUAGUGUCAUCCAUUUUUUAGGCCAACUUGUUUUUGAAUGGAAUGGAAUUUUAUUGUUUGACCAUGUAAAAAAAAAAUCGACUAGAUUCAAAUUGAAUCAUUAUACUUUGCAAGAAAAAUAUUAGAUAUGAUUAUAAUGCUGCUGCUAUAUUCCUCUAAGGAUAUUUAUUGUUCAAGGGACUUUCUCAAAAUUUUAUUUUGUUGGUUUUAUUCUUUUUUUAAUGGAGCAACAGUACUAAGAAAUGUAAAGGGUUGAGUUGAUUGUAGAUUUUGAGAAUCUUCCCAAUAUAUGCCUUGCCUUUUGCUUUUAGUUGUGUUGUACUCCGUCCAAAGCUUUUAUCACUUCUGUUUAUGUGUUUGUGUGUUACUUUCUGUAUUCUCUCUGUCAGAAUAAAAUUCAAUUUAUUUAAAUGUCCUUUUUCUUCAGUUAACGAGAAAAAGUCCUGAUAGAUAGUCUUCUAAAAAUCUGCUGUCAGUUUCAUAAUAUUUAAGUCUUUUCCUCUGCUAGUAUUUGUGAAGUUCUUUAAGAAAAAUCAGUAUGAGCUUUAAGAAAUGUAUUUGUAUUGCUACUUUUAAGAUAUCAUAUGAUUUAAAACAGUUUUUAAGCAGCACUUUUACUUUCUGUGUAUCCCGGUCUUUAAAUUUUUCUGUUAUCAAUUUACUAUUUCUUUUAUCUGUACAGAGUUUAUGUAGUGUUUUUGUAAUAUGUUCAAGUAUUUAAAAAGAAAAUUAUAUUCUUACGACUGUAUUUAAAUAAUUAAAUGCAUAUUAUGAACGAAA